UGGGUAGCCCAGGGUGCGCUGGACGAUCUCAGGAAGAGAAGAGCAACGUUUAGCAUGACAAAGAAGAAUCAAGACUCUUGUCAACAAGUCUGAGCUUGUCAAACGGUAAACGAAGCAGCAAACGAGCAUGCCGCCAAUCCUGAUAAAAAAACGGAAUCAGAAACAGAUACCGCAACAACGACAUCUUCAACAUGGUCAACAUGGACUCUCCACACCUCGUCGCUACCAGCAAGGUCGUCGUCAUCGUUAGCCUCAUAGUUCUCUUCAUCUCCUACUUGAUCGUCAGCUGUCCACCACCAUUACCACCAACGAAGUCGCUCCGCUCCGUCAACUUCCACUUCACCCGCAAAUGCAACAAAACAUGCGUCUUUUGCUUCCACACCGAGAAAACCUCCCACAUCGCCUCCGACGACGAAAUGAAGAAUGGCCUACGCCUUCUCCAACAAGCCGGAAUGGUCAAAAUCAAUUUCGCCGGCGGCGAACCCUUCCUCUAUCCCUCGAAGCUCGCAAUGCUGUGUCAAUUCUGCAAGGAAGAUUUGAGCAUGGAGUCGGUGUCGAUCAUUUCGAAUGGCACAAAAAUUACAGAGAACUGGUUGAGACGGUAUGGAAAGUUCGUCGAUGUUUUGGGUGUGAGUUGCGACUCGUUCGAUGAAGCAACGAACCUUAAGAUUGGGAGAGGAACUGGAGAGAACGUCAAGACGCUCUUCAAGAUCAGAGAGUGGUGCCGCGAAUUGGGAAUCAAGUUCAAGCUGAACACCGUCGUGUUGCGCUGGAACUGGGAGGAAGACAUGGUCGAGACGAUCAAACAGCUCGAUCCGUUUCGUUGGAAGGUCUUUCAAGUGCUGCCAGUCGGAGGAGAAAAUGAUGCCACUGCCACAGAGACGGAGCUGGACAAGCGUAAGCGGAGCGUAAAAGACGUUCUCAUUACCGAUGAGCAGUUCGAAUCGUUCUGCAAGCGCCACGAUCACUUGGAGUGCUUUGUGCCUGAGUCAAACGAUCUCAUGGCUUCAAGCUACGUUAUCGUCGAUGAGUACUUGCGCUUCUUGGACAAGGGCAAUGGGGAAGAGAAGGCGUCGGCAAGCAUCUUGGAUGUAGGGGUGGAGAAGGCUUUUGCAGAGGUGAAAUGGGAUAAGGAGGCGUAUGAGAAGCGGGGCGCGGUGUAUGAUUGGAGCAAAGAUCGGGAGGCUAAUGUUCAGACCUGUGGAAUGAGUGGUGCGAAUACUGGACUUGAUUGGUGAAAGACAUGGAUGACUUCUGCAUGAUGAGGGUUCAAUUGUCGUCUGAACGAGAUUGCCGCUGUCCUCGAGCACUUUCAGCUCACAUGAUCCUCGUACUCUCGGGCGGUCCUAGAUAACUCGG